UAUUAUCUUACCAGUAGUAGUAAUCUUAGCAAAUCUGUAAUACCGAUACGUUGCAAGUGCACUUCGGCUGAAUUGUUUUGUGAGCGUCCCUAACCUGUAAUCUUGGGGCCAAAUAAAUCGUGCAUCUCAUAUUUAUUAAGUGUUUCCUCAUAAUAUUAAGGCAAACGAUUUCUUGAAUUGCACGAAGAACAAUCCUGCUAUCAUGCUAUUAACGAACAUAUUGCUGAAAAAAGCAAAGAGCAAAGAAAUUUUAGUCAUGGUAGAAAGUGUCAUAUCUGGUCAUAAACUAGUACGUAUUCGAGACAGAGUGGCUGAGAAAUUAGAAUUCAUACGUUACGACCCUUAUAUACAACAGAAGGCGCUGUACAAAGAAAUAAAGAAAAUACGUAGUUUGUAAUAUACGUACAUACAUACACCAUGUAUAUAUUAUUUUUACUAUAAACUAUAAACUGUACUAUAAACUGUAUUAAAUAGUGUAUCAAGAGAUAUCCAAUGACAGAUAUAAUUUCAAUGUAUUAUAUUGUAAAAGUUUAAAAUGCUUACUUAUUAUGAAAUAUGUUAAUUAAAUCCUAAUAGAGCGGUAA